AUGGCGUUCAUGAUGCCAGUAGUCAAGAACGAUUGGGACAUUUACAAUACGCAACGGUCGCGUCGGACCUCAGAGUCCGCGGACAAGCCUGGUAUAGGAGGCCGUGUUCGGAAGGUUUCAGAGUCACGGUCAGAGGGGCCCGUGCUAUCUCCACGCAGUGCAGCCCUGAGCCCGCACCGGAGCGCCCCCACUAUGCGCUCGCUGUCCUACUGCCGGGUACCGCCAUCGAGAGCAUCUCUUCGAGUGUACGAAAACCAAAAGACUUCGGGUAGUCCACCGUCGCGGGAUUCGGAAAAGUUCCACAGCAGGGCAUACGCGGAGUCCCCCGAGCGACACUCGCGCUGUGGAGCCUGUAUGCCAUACCUG